UUUUUUGAAGACCACAACGAGCUGCUUUUUGCUCCACUGUGCCGAUAUGUUUUUUUAAAGCGUGGAGUUCAUCAAAUUCACAAAAUGUACAGAGGACUGCUAUUUAUGAUUGGCAUAUGGAGUGUGACCGGGUUCAACAUUCAAAUAAAACCUGUUAAGCAUUUCAAAAAAGAUGAUCCACUCUUUGGUCAAACCAUUACUCAAUCAACAGAUGGAGUUUUUGUUCCUUCCCCAAAAGAUGGAACACUUUUCAGAUGCACUUUAAACGAUGAAUGUGUUGAAGUAAAUUCAAAAGAUGAAAAACCUAAAGGCCUGAGAGCGGUAGCAUCAGUAUCUAGCCUGCCAUCAGAAGAGGAACAACAUGUUAUGAUGUGUAAUCAAGUUCGCACACAAAAGUCAGGAACUGAGGAUUUGAAUGGAGAUUGUAAACUGAUGAAUCCCUCAGGAAGUUUGGAAAAAAAAACGAAUCCUGUUGCAUUAGUCAACAACAACAACUCCAACAACAACAAUCAUUAUCAAGGUGCAAGGACUGGUCAAGAUCUACAGAGGAUGAGAAGAGACGCCCAGCCAGACAGUGACUCAGAAGCUAAAGAUAAGGAUUAUGAUGUGAAUGUGCCACUGCCGUCUCCUGCUACAAACCAAAUGGAAAAUGAAAAACUCAACAACAACAACAACAACAACAACCAUUAUCGAGGUGGAAGGAUUGAGAAAGUUAAACGGAGGAUGAGAAGAGACGCCCAGCUGGACGGUGACACAGAUGAAGACGAGGAGGAUCCUGGGACAGAGAUUGCUUUUGUUCUGGACGGCUCUGGUAGCAUUCAACGUGACGACUUUCAGAGAGCCAAAGACUUCAUGUACAAUGUCAUGUUCAAUGUUUGGAACACAUGUUUCGAUUGUAACUUUGCGAUUGUGCAAUAUGGUAGUAAGAUCAGGACAGAGCUGUCACUACUAGACAAUGAAAAUGGGGCCCAUUCCUUGCAAAAGGUCAAAGAAAUACAGCAAAUUUACAAUCUCACAAAGACCGCCUCAGCCAUCCAUCAUGUCGUCACAGAUACUUUCAUCCCUGAGAAUGGAUCAAAGAAUGACUCCAAAAAAAUUAUCAUUGUAUUGUCUGACGGACAAAUUUUGGGAGACAAUAUGGCUCUUUCUGAUGUUUUGAACAUGCCACAAAUGAAAGGUGUCACUCGCUAUUCCAUAGGAGUUGGUGACGGCAUUCUGAAAAAUACUGAAGCAAUACAAGAGAUGGUGGCCAUAGCAGACGAUGGGAAAUUUUUCAAUGUUUCCAAUUAUGCUGCAUUAGAUGACAUUCUGUCAUCACUGCAACAAAGUAUAAUUGGAAUUGAAGGCACUCAACAAGGUGCAGGAUUUCAGUUCCAGCUUGCUGAAGCUGGAUUCAGCUCCCAUCUCAUGCAGGAUAACUCUUAUCUUUUUGGAGCAGUUGGAGCCUAUGACUGGAGUGGUGGAGUCUUUUUGCAAUCUGGUAACACUGUGCAAUUCUUGAAUGACUCUAAUAAUGGACCCAAAUUUUCCUAUUUAGGUUACAGUGUCACUUCUGCUAAAGUAAAACCCAGUAAAACACUCUACAUAUCUGGUGCACCACGGUAUAACUUGACUGGUGGGGUAUUUAUUUUUAACGACCAAGAAAAGUACGUGCUCCAGGGAGAUCAGGUUGGAUCUUACUUUGGAUCAGUUCUUUGUGCCUUUGACAUUGAUAAAGAUGAAUACACAGAUUAUCUAUUAGUUGGAGCACCACAUUUUCAUCUAAAUGGAGAAGAAGGCAAAGUGCUAGUGUACAAACUGAAUCAGCAGGGCAGGUUUGAGAGCGUGUCCAGCGAGCUGAAGGGUGAUGAAAGACAGACCUUCGCCAGGUUUGGUUCAGCCAUUGCCUCUAUAGGAGAUAUUGAUGGGAACAAGUUCAAUGAUGUAGCAGUUGGUGCUCCUCUAGAAGCAGAUUCCUCUGGAAGCAUUUACAUUUACAAUGGAUUCAAACAUGGACUUAACUUUUCACAAAAAAUUUCUCCCUCAGAUUUUGGAAUGAAACUUGUGCACUUUGGUCAGUCAGUAAGUGGUGCACCUGCUACGGCAUCAAAUAAGGCCUCCAUCGCUGUUGGAAGUAAAGGGGAAGUGCUUCUUUUCGAGACUAUCCCUGUUAUUGUUAUCAAACCAGAUAUAACAAUUACUCCAGCUGUCAUUCCUCUCAAUCAACAGAUGAUUGAAAUAUCCAGCAAGUUUGAAAUAAUGUACCACAUAUGCUUUAAAGUGAUUAAUGAAAAGCUUCAAUUUAAACUUCCUGUUAAGUACCAAAUUGCCUUGGAUUCUGGAGUAAACAAAAUGCGCCUCACUGUUGACAGCAAAGAUCUCUUAGAAAACACUUUCACCUUGACAUCAGAUGCAGAGUGUUCAUCUAUUAUCCACCUAAAAUAUUUGGGCUGUUUUGAUUGUUUUUCACCUAUUAAAAUCAAGCUGAAUUUUUCAUUGGAUCAACGGCCAAAUGAAGACCCUAAACGAAUCCUUGAUGCAUUUACUCCAACAGAGGUUGUAAAGGAGAUUUUCUUUGAAAGGGAUUGCAAGGUUACAGAUUGUAAACCAAAAAUUACAUUAUCUGAUUCAAAAAUUAGUGAAACUUCAAUCAUAAUCGGAGAAACUCAAAGCUUGAGUAUAAAUUUCAAUCUUACAAACGCUGAAGACCCUUCCUAUAUGACCACCCUGACUUUGACCUUCCCCAGCAUACUUAGUCAAAAGAAAAUAGAAGGUGCCACCUGUCCUGUGAAGAAUGACAGUCAGAUACAGUGUAAUCUUCAACACCCUGUUUUCAAAAGAGGAGCACAGACCAACCUUUUCAUCUUAUGGCAGCUCAAUGACAUCAAAUCAGAUUUGAAGAUUUCCGAUAUUACUGCUAAUCUAACCAGUCAGAAUCGUGGCUCUGAAAUUCUGGACUCUAAAAAAUAUGAAUUUGCUGUGAAGUAUUCCCUACCAAUCCAGCUAACUGGCACAGCCAGUCCAAGCAGACUCAGUAUUGAAGAGGGGGGAAAAGGAAAGACUCAGAAUAUGAAAUUUUCAUUUCAGUUUGCAGGUGAAAAUAAGUAUGGCGCUACAAUCAGUGUAGUUGUAACCAUAACAAAGGACACCUUCAAAACUGAUUUGGAUAUCGUUAGUGUCGCACCACAAAAGGAGUGUGGUUUUCCACAAAUUAAUAAAGUGAAGGAAUAUGUCAUCAACUGUACCAUGACAGACCUGCAGGAAAUCAUCAUUAAUGCCAAUGUUUUGAUACAUGAUGUUCAGGAAAAACAAGACAAGAUUACUGCUGUAGGAACAUACAGCUUUGAUGAGACCGUCUAUGCUGCGAAGGAUACUUCAAGGACCAUCCCGGUGGAGGUGAUAAUUACGAAGCUGCAUGUGACGACAUCUAAAGGUGCCAUCAUUGGAGGAUCCAUAGGCGGGUUUCUGCUCCUUUUCAUUAUCAUUGCCAUUCUCAUUAAGUGUGGCUUUUUCCGUCGCCGCCGUAAAGUGGACCAAGCACAGAGUCCAAACUGAAGAGCGGCACAGUCCAAGAGCGACCAUAUAUUACCAUAUAUCUUGCUUAAGUUUGUGUCAAAAAAAAAUGUUGUUUGUAAGAUGAAAGUCUUGUUUUUAAGAAGAAGCUUUUUAAUGAUUGAUUGUAUUUAAUACUGUAUAUAGAGAAAGAAAGAAUAAAAUACAAAUAAGUAAAUAAAUAUGUCUAAAUCCUAAAUAUCCCACAAUCAAGGGCCUAACAGAUAUUUCCUUGCAUGGAAGUCAUUUGCUCAAGAUCAAAACCAAAAGUCAAAGAUAAUUUUUCUGAUGGAUUUUAUGAGCCAUCAUUUACAGUAUAGCAUCUAUGGCAAUCAAAUGCCAAGACCCAUUUAUAAACCAAUUUGCAUGAAAAAAUAAAAUAAAAUAGUAUUUUAUUAGUAAAAUUAGUAUUUUGGUGGUGAGUUCUCUUGCCUGGUUUAAGAUGAUUUCCCAGCCUGGUCAAGGGCAUGUUUAACUAGUUGACUGGUGGUUCUGGUAAGCUGAGAACUGCUCAAAUUCUUUAUAAAACAAACAAACAAACAUAUGUGACCCUGGACCACAAAACCAGUCUUAAAGGAACACUCCACUUUUUUUGGAAAUAGGCUCAUUCUCCAACUCCCCCAGAGUUAAUAAGUUGAGUUUUACCGUUUUUGAAUCCAUUCAGCCGAUCUCCGGGAUACCGAGAUACAACUAUUCGAAAAUCUGGAAUCUGAGGGUGCAAAAAAAAUCAAAAUAUUGAGAAAAUUGCCUUUAAAAUUGUCCAAAUGAAGUUCUUAGCAAUGCAUAUUACUAAUCAAAAAUGAAGUUUUGAUAUAUUUACGGUAAGAAAUUUACAAAAAAUCUUCAUGGAAUAUGAUCUUUACUUAACAUACUAAUGAUUUUGGCAUAAAAGAAAAAUCUAUAAUUUUGACCCAUACAAUGUAUUUUAGGCUAUUGCUACAAAUAUACCCCAGCGACUUAAGACUGGUUUUGUGGUCCAGGGUCACAUAUAACCCACUUGCCCAGGCUGUGACACCAGAAGAGAUAUCAUACUGUUUUGAAACUGGAAAUGAAGUCUUUUAACUAGUGGUCAAUCACGUCUACACACACACAUAAACAGUCACACAUACAUACACGAGGUCAUGUGAUAUGCUCUUGCUCUCACAUGUCUGGCUAUGUUUAGUCUUGCAUGUGACUACUGAAUGUCACAGCUUGAUGUGUGUAAAUAAAUGGCUACCCAGCAAAGCUAUUUUUCUCUCUCUCUCUCUAAAACGGUUGAUUAUGACUAAUGAUUAUGCGCCUAAAUGCAACUUCAGGAAGGUCGCCAUGAUUUUGCCAAGACAUGUUCCUGGUUCAACAUUUUUUUGUUGAUUCUGGAUCAACAUUACUGUCCAAAAAUAUAGACUUAACCCAAUCCCUACCCCUAAACCUAACCCUACCCAUAAUUUAUUCCUAAAAUCAGUGUGAAAUGAUAGCUGAUUAACAAAGGUGUAGAAGCACCUAACCCUGAUCAUAAGCCUAAAACAGAUAUUAUGUCCUGAAAAGUUAUCCCUCGAUUCUGAUUGGUUGAUUGGAAUGUUGUUCCAGAAUCAACAAGGAUGUUGAUCCAGGAACAUGCUGUACUUGGUGAAAUCACGCUCACCCUCUAAAGAAUAACGAAAAUGGUCAGUGAAUCGUUCUUUAGAGUUGGAUCUUUUCAAUGAAUCAGUUCAAAUGGUUCACCAAACCGUUCUGUGCUGCGUUUCCCAAAAGCAUGCCUACAUCGUAGACUCAUUGCCACCGAUGGAGCUCCGAUCAGUUUAGGCUUACGAUGCUUUUGGGAAACGCAGCCCUGAACGAUUCUUCCACGAAUCGGAAUGAAAUGUCAGGGAGUUUCUCGAGUCGACAAAAUCGACUCUUCUGGACAAGUCUGGUACUUGAUUCUGACUCAUUUAGCUGAGAGCCAUCUUUUUCGGUCAUGUAGAACCGAGGAAGUUGAAUCAGUUUUAUUUAAAGGUUUAAUGUAUUAUGUAAUUUUAUGUACUUACUUUUGUUUUAAGUAUUGCUUUUUAUAUCAAAAUUUUGCAACCACAUUUCCUAAAUAUUACCAUGGACAUGAGUUCAAUAAUUUAAUAUGGAAUGCUACAAAUAAAAUCUAAAAUGAAAUGAAAAUGUUUUACAUGUUACAUGACUUCUUCUAUGCAAAGAAAAGAAAAAUCUGCUAUGUUUUGUAUUAGGUUCUAAUUAGGCUAAAUAUGUUUUUAUGAGUAGGGUUGUAUUUGCAUGACGUAAAAGAAGAACUGAAUCGAUUUUUAAAGUUCUUUAUAUAACCAAUUAAUUUAUUUUAAGUUAUUCCCUUUUUUGAUGCUAUAAUGUGACUAUACUGUAUAAAUUCUCUUUAUGUAUAUUUCUAUGUGAAAAUCAGUCAAAUAAAAUAAAAACACAAGUUCUUUAAAA